GCAGCGCCACCUUGCGCAAAAACAAACUAUAGGUUUUGAUAACCUCUUUUCGACGCGCUGCACGUGUCGAAUUAUGGUAUUUGUGCGUGGAUUUACAAUUUAAAUUCACACAUAGUGUACAAAACUGGGACAUUAGAGUGUUGGACUUAGUGUUUUUAUCAUUCAUCGCAUUUAGUUUUUGUUGGUUGUUGUGAAAUUCUUGAAAAAUGACCGACGUGAUUCAACCCGGUGCGUUGGGCUCUGAGAAAAAGAAGAAGAAAAAUAAGGAGGCGGUCAGUCUGGGCGCGUACCAGAAGCUGCAGGACUUCAAGAUCGAGCCCUCGGAGUCGGUGGACAAGCUCGACACUGGGUAUUGGCCGUUGUUAUUGAAGAACUUCGAUAGGCUCAAUGUGCGUACUAACCACUACACGCCGUUGCCAUUCGGGCACUCUCCUCUGAAGCGUCCUAUCUCCGAGUACGUUAAGUCGGGUUUCAUCAACGUCGACAAGCCGAGCAACCCGAGCUCCCACGAAGUCGUGUCAUGGAUCAAACGCAUUCUGAAAGCCGAGAAGACUGGCCACUCCGGUACUCUUGACCCGAAGGUAACUGGGUGCCUCAUUGUGUGCAUCGACAGAGCGACAAGGUUGGUGAAGUCUCAGCAGAACGCUGGUAAGGAGUACGUCGCUGUGUUCAGCUUGCAUUCAGCUGUUGAUGGUAUUAAAAAAGUAACUCAAGGCCUUGAGAAGCUCCGUGGAGCCCUGUUCCAGAGGCCUCCUCUAAUAUCUGCCGUGAAAAGGCAGCUUCGAGUCCGUUCUGUGUAUGAUAGCAAGCUGCUGGAUUAUGAUCAGGAACGGAACAUUGGAGUAUUCUGGGUCAGCUGUGAAGCCGGUUCGUAUAUCCGUACCAUGUGUGUACAUUUGGGAUUGAUGUUGGGAGUCGGUGGUCAGAUGAUAGAGCUUAGACGUGUGCGCUCCGGCAUCCAGGGAGAAAAGGAGGGCAUGGUCACCAUGCACGACAUCCUAGACGCCCAGUGGGCCUAUGAAAAUCAUAAGGAUGAGACUUACCUUCGCAGGGUGAUCAAGCCUCUAGAAGGUCUCCUGAUAGCUCAUAAAAGAAUCUUCAUUAAAGACAGUGCUGUCAAUGCAGUGUGUUACGGUGCUAAAGUACUUCUUCCUGGUAUCCUGAGGUACGAAGACGGAAUUGAAAUUGACCAAGAAAUAGUCAUUGUGACUACUAAAGGCGAAGCCGUAGCUCUUGCUAUUGCGAUGAUGACUACCUCAACAAUGGCUUCUUGUGAUCACGGAGUUGCAGCUAAACUGAAAAGAGUGAUCAUGGAAAGGGACACAUACCCAAGGAAGUGGGGCCUGGGACCAAAAGCAACAAUCAAGAAGAAGAUGAUCCAACAAGGAAAACUGGACAAAUAUGGCAAACCUAAUGAGAACACACCAGCUGAUUGGUUGCAUAGUUAUGUAGACUUCAAAGCAAAGAAAGAGACAAAUGGAGAAAAUACUGAAUCUGAGGAGAGCAGCAGGAAACGUACAGCAAGCACAGCUAAUGCGGACGACCCUAACAACUCAACAGAAUUGAAAGCAGAGAAAAAGAAGAAAAAGAAAAAGAAGGACUUAGAGGCCACCGUUGACGGUGACACAACAAUGGAGGCUGACGUAACGACGGAGGCCGCGGAUGACUCUGUCCGCAAAGAGAAGAAGAAAAAGAAGAAGAAGGACAAAGACCAAGAGAGACAAGAGGAAUAAGCUUCUAAAUAAAUGUGAUGAAGGGACUAUUAUAUUUUUUACAAAAAUAACUAUAUUUUCCAAUAUGCCAAGAAUGUCUAUGUAUUUGGAAAUGCUUAGCUGUUAGGAAAUUAUUUUGAUUACAAAAAGUGCUUGACUGUAUAAUGAUAAAAUCAUCUAAAUGUUGAAGACAUGCUGUGCUGUCUUUUGUUAAGUUUUCUUUGUUUUUAAAUACGGGUGUCAUAUUUACCACAAAUUUAUCUCAGCCUCCUUACCUAAUGAUAAUAUGAAUGAAUUGGUAUCCACUUCCUACCCAUAAUCAUUAUAAAAGUUGAAAAGAAUAAUUAAACUUGCUGAAAUCAUCUUCAUUUGCAACUUUUUCCACUACUAUCCCGCCAGUGAAGUACCAAUCGAUUGAUUUUUUUGUAAAAACACUAGUUAUAAGAUUUUUAAGUUAGUUUGUAAGAGUCAAAAUGUUGAUAAUAAGUGAAAUGUAAUAUUUCUAAUGAGUAGUUAUCAACAUUAAAUCUUUAAGUGGA